UCGAAGAUCGAGGCAGCUGUGUUCCUCUUUUCGCAAACCCUAGCUAGGGUUUAUCUCCGGCCAUCGCCGCACUUCUCACGGUUUCCAGGCUUCUAGGGUUUGUUUCUUGAAGUCUUCCUGGUACCUUGGUCGGGAUCCCUAGUUUGUCAUGGAUUCUGGUGCGGCAGCUCGUAAACGGGGGAGGCCGGACGCCGCCCUCAACGGGAACGGCGGUGCGAAGCGGCCGAAAGAAACGGAGUCUGGUUUAGGAAGCAAAUCGAAGCCAUGCACGAAGUUUUUCAGUACUUCUGGAUGCCCAUUCGGUGAGGGCUGCCAUUUCCUGCACUAUGUUCCUGGUGGUUACAAUGCUGUUGCGCAGAUGGCGAAUCUUGGCAAUCCGGCACAUGCUCCUCCUAGAAACCUAAUGGGACCUCCCGCCAUGCCGGAUGGUCCUGCUCCUGCUGUGAAAACCAAGCUGUGCAACAAGUACAAUACUGCAGAAGGCUGCAAAUUCGGUGAUAAAUGCCAUUUCGCCCAUGGUGAACGAGAGCUUGGCAGGCCCAUCAUUCCAUCACAUGAUGACCGGCCGAUGCCACCUCCAAUGGCAGGUAGAAUGGGUGGUGGUCGCUAUGAGCCACCCCCACCUGCUGGACUGGCAGCUGCAAGCUUUGGUGCCUCAGCAACGGCAAAGAUCAGCGUGGAUGCAUCCUUGGCUGGUGCCAUUAUCGGGAAAGGUGGUGUGAACACCAAGCAGAUUUGCCGCACUACAGGUGCCAAGCUAUCCAUCCGGGAGCACGAGACAGAUCCUAACUUAAGGAACAUUGAACUCGAGGGCACCUUUGAUCAGAUCAAGCAGGCCAGUACAUUAGUCCGUGAACUGAUAGUUAACAUCAGUGCAACCUUUCCUAUGGCAGCAAAGGUGGCGGCUGGCAUGGCAGCCAGUGGUGGUGGUGGUGGUGGUGGUGGUGGAGGUGGGGGUGGUGGGGGCGGCCCAGGGAGCAAUUACAAGACGAAACUCUGUGAGAAUUUCAGCAAAGGAUCAUGUACCUUUGGAGAUCGAUGCCACUUUGCACAUGGAGCAAGUGAACUACGCAAAUCUGGAGCCUGAUGUCCAUUCUGCUUCAUCAAUCUUGAGCUCUGGUUUAACCUUUUUUGCCCCUCCAUGCCAUGUGAUGUAUACAUCAUGUGUCUUCCUUUGUACCUGUUGUUUUUCUCUGCUUUAAGUUAGUGAUGACAUUCUGGACUGGUAGUGCUCUUUCGGUUAGUCUUCUGUUACAUAAUUCCAAUCUUGGUAAGACGUCAUUUGCUACAUUUCAUCUAUUAGAUUUGUUGCUAAUGUUUUGUAUUAAGGAAACCUUUUCUUUUC